AUGACAGAAGAGUUGCAAUCAAGGAGUUCCACCCCGCCUUUUCAGCUUAAUAUCCAUGAAUGGAUUGAAAGCCAACAAAGUGCACAUGGAGUGCGUCAUGAUGAUUACGCACAAUACCACGGGUAUUGCACUCGCCGCUUAUCACGGUUGAGUCACCAUCCAGAUGUGAAAAAACAUUUAGUCUGUUCCUCGAAGUUUGCCUCGGAUAAAUCUGCCGCCAAAGGCCGUGGUCGACAUGCUUACUGUUCGCGUCAAAAUGACACCUUUGCCAACAAUGAAGAGACAGGGAAAGUUGAGGUUCCUCACAGUUCCAUUUUGUGGUAUUUGGUGGUGUUGGCGGAACGAUCCUGGGCCCAUGCUAACAUGUUACAAAAGCAAAAGAAGCAAAGGCAAAAUGUACUGCGUAAGCUCAAGAAGGCAACAUUGUGGGCCAAGAAGCUCGAAGAAAUUGCCAAAGAUUGCACAGAUAGUUUGACGCAACAAGAAUGCCAGGCCUACGCCAGUUGGAUGGUUGCCAACUUGGCGUUGGAAAAGAUGGACUAUCAAAUGGCCAGUCAAGAAUAUGCCAAUGCCAUGUCAAAAUGCCAUGCACUCAGCAAACAAGUUCCACAAUUGGUCGAAGAGCGACGAGGAGGUGAAGCAGAAACCCAAAAGGCCGCAAAACUUCUUGAGCGCCAGGAUCUUUUUGUCAAUCGAGCGGAUACCCUAUUGAGACCACUUUUUCGUUACAGCCAGUAUGAGUUGAAGCAGGCAGGAUUGCCGACUAUGGACGAACCUCAACUAGAUAUUACAGCGGUGAGCAACAAUGCCAAGAAAUCGGCAGAAGAUAUAGCUAUUGAAUUUCGUGGACAAGACCUUGUUUUGGAUAGUAAAGACCUGCGUGUUUUGCUUUUGAAGUUGCAAUCCAUGCAGCAAGAAAAGGCCGCAAGCGAAUCGGAGGAAGAAAAGGUCGCUGAAAGCAACGAGGGAUCAUUCUUGGAAAUUUUGUCUGUCUUGGACGACGCAUUGGAUGUAGUCCAGAACGUGUUGAGUAGCUUUGAACAGGCCAACUCUGGACCAGCGGUUCAGGCAAAACGAACUCAAUACCUGCAAUGGAAGGGAUACUUGCAGUAUGAAAAGACAAGGCGUGUCAUGAAUCAUACAGAAUUGCUUCUGAAGGAUAUCACUGGCCACGCAGAGCGGGUGCACGUGUACGAUGCCCUGCUGCAACAUUCUCAAUCACUUUUGAAUUUGCCACGGCCCCAAGCAGAUGGCAACUUUGCCGCAGAAGAAGAAGAGGAUGAAUUCAGCUUGCAAGUUCAGGCAAAUGUUCUUCGUCUGAGAGCAUUGAAAUCAUAUCACAUGGCUUGGUAUUACUAUGAAAAACCACGAAAGUACGAUCAUGCUUUCGCAUUGAUUCAACAAUCUAGUAAGUUAAUGAGACGAGCACAAGAAGAAAUCGCUGCAUGUGAUGAAGAUAUGCCUCGAUCGGAUGAAUAUCUACAAGAGUUGGAUGAUCUACCCUUUCAUAGUACCAUAGCUACUAUCCAAGCCGCGAUGUACUUGCAACAAACACGUAGCCGAGGAAAGUCGGGAGCUGCAAUUGAGACAGAUAGGCCGUUGUUGCUGCGUCUGAAUGAAAAUGAUUCCGGAACUGUCCUUGCCGCACUGACUCCGAUCCCAAUUCCUUGCAAACUUGGCUUCUUCGACCUUGCGUACACCUAUGCCAUGGAUUCGACGGAUUGCAUCGACGAGGUUCAAAAAUACCUUGACAUUCAUACUGUCGAGGAUAAUGAUGACAACGAGGACAGUCCGUCUGCAUCGUCUGGUGGUUGGUUGGGCUGGCUUUCUGGUUAG